CAUUUUUGUCGCGUGGGGAAACCUCGGAAUGGGUUCGCCUUUUUUUUUCCUAUCACAAACACAAGAUGAGAAAGGAAUGAGAUUCUGAGAGUCACUUCCUUUUUUUUCCCCUCCUUUUUAGUUUUUCCCUGAAAAAGCUUGAAACUGAUCAUGUGACAUGUUGGUCUCCAAAGGGUACACAUCAGAUAAGUGAGUGGACGACUUUUUGGCCUUCCAUUAUGUUAUACUCUCUGGCUGGCAUGCCAGACUAACAUGAACCCAUUUCAUUUCCAUUCCUACUGAGCUCCAAAUGAAAAACCAGCUUACCCAUGAUGAGGAUGAAAUAGGAAUGACAAGGAGAAGAAGAAGCUCGAGCAAAGGGCAGAACGGUCAAAGUGCGGUGGCGCGUCUAAUGGGCGUGGACAUGUCACCUUUCUUGUUAGAUUCAAUGCCAACUUCAAUACAGAACAAGAAGAAGAAGAAGAGUGAGAAACCAACCCCUCGUCGCGAACAUCCUCAGGAGGAGGAGUUAGAGAAGUUCAAGAGAGAGUUUGAGGCAUGGCAAACUGAAAAACACAACUCCUUUUGUCUCAACAAUGUGGGUUCAGAAAUCAUGGUUCUGAGGCCUGAUUUUGAUGAUAUUGAGGCUGCCAUGUGUGGGUCCCGGGCCAGCUCUCCGGGUGUUUCAGAGGAAAGAGGAGGCAAUAGCAUGGAGGACUUUCUUGAGGAGGUGAACAAAAGAUUGAGGCGCGAAUGGCGCGAAACUCAGUGCAGAGGAAGAGGAAUUGAAACGCCUUACAGUGAAAAAUCUCCUUAUGAAGUCGAGACAAAACUCUCGCCUAGGAGCCUCAUCCGUUCUUUGUCUGCUCCCAUAUCAAGAACGUCCUUGGGAUACCUUCUCUUGGAAGAAGCAAAAAGGAAGCGAGGAGCCAGUGACAGGAUUGCUUUGAGUGCUCUGGAUCAAAACAAGAGAAAAGAGAAGUUCAGCCUCAAGGAAAAAGUCUCAAGCUUCAAAGCAAAACUUUUUAGUAAGAAACUUCAACCAUUGGAAGGAUCACAUGGGAGUUGUGGGACUAACCACAUUCUCAAUGACUCAACAACAAUGAAUCUUUAUGAGAGACAUGAGAAUUUCACAGAAGUGCCACCAAGUCCUGCAUCUGUGUGCAGCAGUGUUACUGAAGAGUUGGGGUGGAGGCCGGGAGGAGAUUAUUCCCAGAUUUCAAGCCCAGCUUCGACUCCGGAUAUACAUCCUCUGGUUGAGAGUGACAUGCCUCGCGUUUUCAGAGAAAUCAGCUCUAACAUAAGGGAGCUUCGGAGGCAAUUGAAUCAAUUGGAAACUGGCGAGGCAAUGACUGAUGAGCGGCCUCGGGCUCCUCUUGAGGAAGAAAUGAUGAUGGAGAUUCAUGACAAUGCCAAAGCUUAUAUAAGAGAUCUGCUCAUUGCUUCUGGUCUCUAUGAUGAUAAAUACCCAUCAAGAUGGGACCCAUUCGGGAAGGCCAUAAGCGACCAUGUUUUUGAAGGAGUAGAGAACACUUACAAGCAAAAAAAGGCAGAGGGAAAUGAAGAGGAGAGGUUGAAUCACAAGAUGCUAUGUGAUUUAUUGAAUGAAGCAGUGCCAAAUAUUCUUCAAGCACCUUUGACACUGUCUAGAUUCAUGGAAGAUGUUAUUGGUACAAUGUCGCGACCUCCACGGGGAAGGAAGUUACUGGAUUGUGUCUGGGAAAUGACUCGGGCGUACAUUUACCCAGGGGCAGAUCUGUCUUAUUGUUCCCUUGAGGGUAUGGUGGCACACGACUUGAAGUCCACCCCGUGGUUGAUUGUCAGCGAGGAAGAUGGGAAUGCUAUAGGCAAAGAUGUUGAGUCUCAGAUAACUGGAGAUUUGAUUCAAGAGAUUUUAGAAGAUAUGAAACCACUAUCUUGAAGGGAAGUGCUAGUUUGAGUUAGGCGGAUUGUAAGGCUCCGUUUGGUUGGACUAAUCGGCUUAAGAAUAAU